UUGUAACAUUUGCAGUCUGAUCAAAGUUGACAAUAUGCCAGUUAUCUGUGACGUUGAAGACUGCAAAAACCCAGCUGUCUUAAAAGGCAGGUACACCUAAAACAACUUUGAUGAGUACCCGAGUCAGCUAGGGGAGAGCUGCAUUUAUUCGAUAUUAUACUGCAAAAUUACGCCCCACCAAAAUGGUCAAGUACUUCGAGAGCAGCACGAUUUUUCACUUCACGUGGGAACAAGUCGCCCAAGGAUUUUGGCGCAGAUAUCCAAACCCCAACAGUUCCCACGUUCUGAGCGAGGAUACGAUCUCGAGGGAGAUCAGGGACCACAAGCUCUACUCCAAAAGAUUGCUGAGCAAGACCAACCGGGUGCCUAAGUGGGCCGAGAAAUUCAUCAGCAAGAACAACAGCGUCAAGAUUCUCGAGGAGAGCAUAGUCGACCCCGAGGAGAAGGUCCUCAUCACUUACACGAGAAACUUGGGCUACACCAAAGUCAUGAGCGUCGUCGAAAAGGUGGUGUACAAGGUGGCCCAGGACAACCCGGAGUGGACCGUGGCCAAGAGAUCGGUGUGGAUCGAGAGCUCGGUCUUCGGCUUCAGCCGGGCCAUCCAGGCGUUCGGGCUCGACAGAUUCAAGAAAAACUGCAUGCAAAUGUCCGCGGGCUUCGACCACGUGCUCACCCGCAUGUUUCCCCAUUCCGCUAAACUAAUCAAUUCCGAGCUAUCCUGAAUCAUUCCUCGUUUUACUUUUGUAUCGUUGAUUUGUAGUUUAUGAUGGUUAAGGUGGGCAGUGGGGGGGGGGUGGGGGCAAACGAGUGCUCGACAAGGCUGUGCGCGCACGAGAGAUAUUUUACCGUGAUACACAAACCUCGUGGACCGACUGAUUCUAUGAUAUUGCUACGAUAAAGAGUACAUUUGAUCAACAAGUAUCUCCAA